AUGUACUCACUUUGUUGUUAUCCUGUUAGCGUGGCUGGAAGCCUCGUAUUUGGUGGCGUCCGCAGUACGAAGAGGGGUCCCAGCGUGUACUAUGGAAGGCGAUCGAGGUAUAUUAAGACAGAAAUCGUUCGUGCAUUACGAAUUCAAAGUAUUUUAGUCUAUCGAGAAAAGACUCCAGAUCGACCCUUCGAAAUUCAGCGUACUACCACCUCACUAUCCAUUAGAAAGGAGUCUCCACAUAUUAGCACUAUAUGCAAUGAUCUUAGCUCAGAAGCAAGCGACAGCUACCAGAACGCGCAUGCGUCGACUGCCUUACAUUUUCAAUUCAUCUUCUUCUAUGAUACAUACAGAAUCCAAGACGUUAGCCAAUUCACGUUUAACCCUCACGUUAGUGGUUUGCCAGAAGCGCGUAGUAUCAAACUCGAAACCGUGUUAUUUACGUUAGCGAGGCAACGGAAGUUGAUAGGAUUGAUGGAAGUGGAUGCUGUAAGGACUUGUACCCGUGUACGUGAUAGUUGGGCCGCACUGGAAAUCAGUGGCGUUAACGGACUCGAAACCUACAUGGCUCCGUGGUGCCUUCCCUCCUGCUACUGCCGUGUCUCCUUCUCACCGCUAGGGCUCCAGGUUUUCUCGCCGGCAUCCAUCCCUUCCCUGUUUCUUAAUGGAUACUUCCCAUCGCUAUGGCUAUCGUUGUUGCAGCCUUCGCCCGAGCUUCCGUCACCAAAAUGUAACCCUGCCUUUAUUACUUCUAUCAUUUCUAACUUUGAUUGUGUGUACAUUGGAUCUUCGAAACUCCAUUGGAUUCCACCCACCCAGGUCGUUCGAAAAUCUGGCCACCCGGAUGACUAUGCCAUCGCUUCUGCGGCAUUCCAACCAAACAGCCAACCCAGUGUAAUUGUCCCUCCUUUGAACAAUGGGGAUCACGGCGAGAGGUAUCAAUGCCCCGGCCUUGAGCUUCACUAUACGAAUAUGCCUAGCACUGAUAUCUCCGGGAAUGACCACCCCGAUGACGUUGUUGAUUUUGGAGCGCUGCAUACCGGCACGGACGAUGUUUCAACUACGUUGCCACUGGAAUCUUUCAUUCCUGGGGCUACCUCCCAAAGCAAUGAAGACGAUAGCUAG